UUUUCCGCCCUCCUCGCCCUGGAGUGAAGCAGAAUAAGUCCGCUCUGUGCUAUGGCUCUGUGGCAGCACUGCAGCGCGUACAGUAAGAACGUCCUUUAACACAACUUGUGUUCUUACUGUACACUCUCAUACAGCAUAGAUGGAAAUCUCUGCUUUAUGAGCGUACAACAUCAUGUUAUGUUGGAAUUUGCUGUUAUCAACUUCGUAUUCGGUGCAUUCUCUUUUAAAACUGGUGUGGGAAAUGAGGACAUUACAGUUAGUGGCGACUUCUCCGAAAAUCCAUUAGAAUAAUUUCAGAUUAAAUGAUUCGUCGGGUCUUAAAAGUAUGAUAGUUGAUACAUAGCAUACAUCAAAUGUAAAAAAAAAAUUAAAAAAAGAAGUAUUUAUUGCAACCUUCAUAUAUAUUACACCCAUCAUGAUUCCAUAAAUAGGUUUCCUAUUUAUGAAACAAUGAAAAAAAAUUCAAUUUCUUUGAAGAAGAAACUGCUUUCAUUGCUUCACAAUUUGAUGCUUCGGCAGCUCAUCUGAAAACACGAUGUCUGUCAGUAAGGCUGCUGUCAAGGUGCUGCAUUUAGGGAGAAUUUCCUACGGUAGUGCCUUGAAGAUACAGCAGAUGCACAUAAAGCAACAUCUGGAUUCGUCGAACGUCAGCCAGAACACUUUAUUACUGUGUGAACAUGAGCCUGUGUACACCAUUGGCAUCAGACAGGCUCCUUACCCUCCCGAGGAGGAGCGAAGACUCAAAGAGCUGGGUGCAGACUUCUUCCGCACCAACAGAGGAGGUCUGAUAACUUUCCAUGGACCUGGUCAGUUAGUGUGUUAUCCCGUCCUCAACCUGGGCUGCUUUAAGAAGAGUGUGAGAUGGUACGUGUGUGAACUGGAAAGGACUGUGAUCAAGAUGUGCAGUAAAUUUGGGAUCGACGCCUCCUCUUCUCCAGAUACAGGUGUCUGGGUGGGCAACAACAAAAUUUGUGCAAUUGGUAUCCACUGUGGAAGAUACAUCACCUCUCAUGGUUUGGCUCUUAACUGCAACACAGACAUGAGUUGGUUUGACAACAUCGUGCCGUGUGGGAUUGUGGGAAAAGGUGUGACCUCCCUCAGCCAAGAGCUGGGACGGGAUGUCUCGACUGAAGAGGCCGUACCAAAACUGCUGGAAGCCUUUACUGAACAGUUUAACUGCACUUUAACAUAUAAUGGUAGCUUUAGUUGAAACACUUCGUAAUUGUAAACAUUAGUGUUUUUUUAAUCAACAAAUGUUUAAAUCUGUCUUCUUGUAAUGUUAUUAAAAAGAAUUGUAUUUUU